AUCUGGAGCAACGUUCCUCCCCUUACCUAUCUGUGAGCCAACUGCAUCUUGUGUGGCUGUUUCGGCCAUGGAUUCAACCUUCAUCAGUCGCGAAACCUGUUUGACACUAAGCUAAUAACGCAUAACAGCUGGUUUAAGAAGUUGUAGCCAAACUGGUUACAUAUUUGGGAUCUGACGUGCUGGUCGGUGAAUGCAUAAAGAAAAGAAGGUGACACUUUGACAAAAAAGCGGGCAUCUGGAAAAGUUGUUGGACUGUUAGCAUGAUGGCUGUUGACGGCCUGUGGGACAGCACAGAGGUGGUGGAGAUGGACGAUGUGCCAUCUCAGUUCUUUGUGGAGAAGCACUCUUGGGAGGGCCUUCGUGACAUCAUCCACUGUAGCAGGAAAUACUCAGGUAUGAUCGCCAACAAGGCCCCCCAUGACUUCCAGUUUGUGCAGAAGAAAGAAGAGAAUGGGCCCCACUCCCACCGGUUGUACUACCUUGGAAUGCCAUACGGAAGCAGAGAGAACUCAUUACUCUACUCAGAAAUCCCCAAGAAAGUCCGGAAGGAGGCCCUCUUAGUUUUGUCUUGGAAGCAGAUGUUGGAUCACUUCCAGGCAACACCGCACCAGGGGGCUUACUCGAGAGAAGAGGAGCUGCUCAGAGAACGUAAACGUUUGGGAGCGUUUGGUAUCACGUCCUACGACUACCACGAUAAGACGGGCCUGUUUCUCUUUCAGGCCAGUAAUAGUCUCUUCUACUGUCAAGAUGGUGGCAGUAAUGGCUUCAUCCAGUCUGCCCCUGUCAAACCUGUGGAGAUAAAGACCCAGUGCUCCGGCACCAGGAUGGACCCCACCAUCUGUCCCGGACACCCUGAUUUUAUAGCCUUCAUUAACAACAACGACCUGUGGAUAGCCAACAUUAAGACAGGCGAGGAACGGAGGCUGACAUACUGUCAUAAAGGUUUAGACAAUGUCAAAGAGGACCCCAAGUCUGCAGGUGUAGCAACCUUUGUCAUCCAGGAGGAGUUUGACCGUUUUACUGGUUACUGGUGGAGUUCCUCAGCAGCAGAAGAUCCAGAUGGAGGUAAAACGUUGCACCUUCUAUAUGAGGAGGUGGAUGAGACAGAAGUAGAGAUUAUUCACGUUCCAUCUCCAGCACUGGAGGAGAGGAAAGCAGAUGCGUAUCGAUAUCCUCGCACAGGUAGCAAAAAUCCCCAGACUACACUUAAACUGGCAGAGAUCAGGACAGACCAUCAAGGAAAAAUUGUUAGCACACAAGAUAAAGAGCUGGCCGUCCCAUUUAGCGUUUUGUUUCCUGGAACAGAAUACAUUGCCAGAGCAGGAUGGACGCUAGAUGGAAAAUAUGGUUGGGCAGUGCUGUUGGAUCGCAGCCAGAGGAAACUGCAGCUUGUUCUGCUGCCUCCAGCCCUCUUCAUCCCCGUCACAGAAGACUCGGCACUGAGGCAGGAGUGUCUGGAGGCUGUGCCCAGUUGCACACAGCCAUACAUAAUCUAUGAAGAGACCACUGACGUCUGGAUAAAUGUUCAUGAUAUCUUCUAUCCCUUUAUUCAAAGCACAGAAGAUGAGUUUACCUUCAUUUGGGUAAAUGAGUCUAAAACAGGCUUCAGCCACCUCUAUAAAAUCACAUCCCUGUUACAGCCAGGCUGCUACCGCUGGACAGAGCAGUACCAUCAUGUAGAGGGAAACUUUAAAUGUGCAAUCAAGGAGGAGGUUACACUGACCAGCGGGGAAUGGGAAGUACUGGCAAGACAUGGUUCAAAGAUCUGGGUGAAUGAGGGAACCAAGCUGGUAUAUUUCCAGGGCACCAGGGACACGCCUUUGGAGCACCACCUGUAUGUGGUCAGCUAUGAGUCACCAGGAGACGUGGUCAGACUAACAAAGCCUGGAUUCUCUCACAGCUGCUCCGUUAGUCAGAACUAUGACUUUUUUGUGAGCCACUACAGUAACGUGAGCACGCCUCCGUGUGUUCACUUAUACAAGCUGACCAGCUCAGAAGAUGACCCCCUGCGAGUGGUUCCAGAGUUCUGGGCCAGCUUGAUGGAGCCACCAGGUUGCCCCGGAGAUUACAACCCACCAGAGAUUUUUGACUUUCCAGGAGAGUCAGGCUUCCAGCUGUAUGGAAUGGUGUACAAGCCUCACAACCUGCAGCCCGGGAGGAAACACCCAACGGUUCUGUUCGUUUAUGGUGGCCCUCAGGUACAGCUGGUUAACAACUCUUUCAAGGGGAUGAAGUACCUCCGUCUCAACACGCUGGCAUCCCUUGGCUAUGCUGUGGUCGUCAUUGAUGGCAGAGGUUCCUGUCAGAGGGGGCUUGAAUUUGAGGGUGCACUGAAAAACAAAAUGGGUCAGGUGGAGAUAGAGGACCAGGUGGAGGGUCUGCAGUACGUGGCUGAGAAGUUUAACUUUGUGGACCUGAGUCGUGUUGCCAUUCAUGGCUGGUCCUAUGGUGGUUUCCUGUCUCUCAUGGGCCUCAUCCAGCGACCCAACAUCUUCAAGUUGGCUGUGGCUGGUGCCCCGGUGACUGUAUGGAUGGCCUAUGACACGGGCUACACGGAGCGCUACAUGGAUGUGCCUGAGAACAACCAGCAGGGCUAUGAGGAGGGAUCUGUGGCUCUGCACGUGGACAAGCUGCCAAGCGAGCCCAAUCGUUUGCUGAUCCUCCAUGGCUUUUUAGAUGAGAAUGUGCACUUUUUCCACACCAAUUUCCUGGUGUCACAGAUAAUCCGAGCUGGAAAGCCCUACCAGCUCCAGGUCUACCCCAACGAGCGGCACAGUAUUCGCUGCCCUGAGUCUGGAGAGCACUAUGAGAUAAUGCUGCUGCACUUUCUACAACAAUACCUCUAAAAUGAGACUGUAGGGCAGAAUAAAAUCUAGCUCCCCUCUUAUCCAAUACAUUUCCCCCCAUCCUUGUUAUUUGUUCCCUUCUUCUGCCAAUCUCUCCAGUUUGUCACCCUGUUGUCAGACACCCAGCAGCCAUAUUUCUGUUCUAAUUUCUCUCUGCAGCCGUACUGUUUUUUUUUCUUUCUUUGUCUUGCUCUUUCUCCCUGCUAUAAACCCUCCUCCUGUGCCAGUAAACUUUUAGUACAGUCUGAAAGCGGAACAAAAACAAGGACGCACGGAAAAGCAUCAGCAGUUUGUUUCACACUAAGUCACGGCUCGCCCACAUUUCCAAAUCCAAGAUGUUUUUUGCCAAAUGUUAGUUCCCCUUCUCCACCUGUUUUAUCCACCUGAGUCAGCAGUAGGGAGAGGGUCACACUCUACAUAGACCUUGAAUAAUAUCUAUGUGUUUUUACUGACGUGAAGUCUCACACUACACAUACAUAUGUCCCACAUUCACACACACAUAUUUUGAGUAAGGAACAUGCAGUCUGAAUAAUACCAGAGAAAGGAGGAGGAUCAGUGCUCUUCCUGUGUCCACCUGUUUUAACUGUUGUUUAGAAUAAAAUAUUUUUAUGGAUUUGUAUUCUUUUUUUUGUAUUGGCGGCUGAUGGAAGCUACUCGUGUAACCUUUGUACCGUUGUCUCCUCACAUUACUUUGCUAAUAAUGUCUGCUUGCCUUCUCAUAAUUUAUAUUUGCCAAAGUACCUCUUGACUCUUGAUCAUGCUGGUAUUUCUUUUUUACUGCAAUAAAGACAACAGGAGGGGGAGCAGUGGAGUCUUACAGCAGCUUUGUACCACCAAAAUACAAUUUGUACAUGACAAUGAAUAAAUGGGUUAAUCAA